AAGAAACAAUUGUACAUCUUAAGGGAAACUGUGUUAUAUUCAGGUGUGUACAGAGAUGAUUGGUCUAUGUCUGUAAAGAACCUGUUCCUCUGUGAUUGUGUUGCAGAAACUAACGUGAUGAGCUGGUUUAAAUAUUUGCAGAUGAAGGAAAAUAAUGUCAGGACUAUAAAGUGACUAAUUUACAAAACAGACUUUUGUUUGAUGUUAUUUGCAUAAAACCAGUGGUGCAAUGUGAGUACUUUUGCUCCAGUAGUAUGAAUCUGAGGGAAUGGUACUUUACUGUUUUACUAAAAAUUUUACUAAAAACAUACUGCCUGAUGAGUCUAUUAAACAUUUAAUGAAGGGUUUUUUAUUUGUACUGUACAGCAUACUAACCUGUACAAACAUAAAAGGCAUUAAGACAAAAUAUAAAGACAGUAGAAUUUAAAAAGCGUAAAAUAAAAUGUAAAAUAAACAACAGUACACAAGAUAGUUACAAUUAGUGUUAACAUUGUUUUAUAAUAAUAAUUCUCCAGGAAUUUCCAAUUUAAUAUAAGAUAUAUAAUUUUUGAGUUUUGUGUUAACUGAGUUUUGGAGAGUUAUUGAUUUGCUGAGAAAACAGAAUAAAAACAUGACUAAACUUUAACCCCAUGUAAAUAUUAACUUUCUACUCUAAACUUAAAUCUCCUUAUUUGUUCAAUCAAAUGUUCUCCGUGCAGACAAAGUUCACAUGCAUACAUAAUCAGCAGACCUGCUGUGCACUUGUUCAGGAUGGACAGGAAGCAGUGUUGUGUGAAGCUGUCGGUUCAGCCGUCCAGAGGACUCAUGGAUGAGAAGUUCAUUGUCCUGGUCCAGAAUGUCUGGCCCGGUUUCCAGCUGACUGUCCACGCCCUCCACCAGUGUGAAGACGGACACAGCUGGGAGGCGUUUGGUCACUACGCCGCUGACGCCACCGGGACUGUGAAUGUUUCAGAGGAUCCCAGUCUGGGUGGAACGUAUUCUGGGGUUGAACCGAUGGGUCUACUGUGGAGCCUCAGACCAGUUCCAGGCAGCAAACCUGGGAUCAGGAUGAGGAAGAUGAACGUCCAGACUCCCAUGGAGGUCACAAUCUCAGUGUACCAGGGUCACCAGACUGAGGGGUUCGUGGAUCAGGUUCCUCUGGCCGGUGUGUUGGUGGAGCGCUGGUACAUGGCUCCUGGUGUCCGCAGGAUCCCGAUCACAGAGGGAGGACUCACUGCGACCCUCUUCCUGCCCCCAGGACCUGGACCUUUCCCCGGCCUCCUGGACCUGUGGGGGGGUGGAGGGAAGUUGGCGGAGUACCGUGCAUCUCUGUUGGCCUCACACGGCAUCGCAUCCCUGGCUCUUGACUAUCUGACACCAAAAAUCACGAUUGAAACCAGGAAGAUGGUGGGCAUCGAGUACUUUGAGACGGCCUAUAGAGUCCUGCAGCAGCAUCCUCAGGUCUUCAGCAGCAGGAUUGCCAUGUUGGGCCUUUCCUUUGGCACCAGUAUCACCUUGAAAAUGGCUGCAUACUCUGAAGUUGUAAAGCUCAGGUGUGCAGUGUGUGUUAGUGGGAGUCAUGUGCAGCCAGUUGAUGGAUCAGUGGAACAAAUCCUGGGUUACUUUCACAAGAACGGUGGGAAGACUCGCUUCAGUGAUGAGAACGAGGCAAUUUGGCGAGACCUGCUGCUGCCCAUCCCCACCGACUCCUCCCUCAAAGUGGAUGUGGGACGACUCCAGUGUCCUCUACUGCUGGUUGUAGGUGAGGACGAUCAGAACUGGCCUGCCUACGAGUCUGCAAUGGACAUGAAGGAGAUGAUGGAGCGAGCAGGGAACAGCCACCUGCUGACCAUCCUGUCGUACCCCAACGCCGGUCACCUGAUCGAACCUCCGUACACGCCGCACGCCCGAUCCAGCUUCUUCAGGAUGGUCAAAACACGUGAGAAGAUGAUGGCUCUGUGGGGUGGAGAGACGGUGGCACAUUCUCGUGCUCAGGAGGACGCCUGGAGGAAGACACUGGUCUUUCUGAGGGAGAAUCUGUUCUGAGGAACAGACUGAAGCAGCCUCAGUCUCUCACCUGUAACCUCAGUGACAACUAAUAGAUCUAGAGUUGCUGAGUGAAAGGAGGUAUUUCAGGACGUCCCUGGUUCUGGAAGAAAAAAAUCCCAGACUUGCUCUUGUUCCUUUUGACUUUGAAUGUUGCACAAAUGUAGAUUUGCUUUUCACAAAGGCAUGAAUAUGAAUGUAAUCUAAUGUAAUUAUUUGCCAGUGUAUAUGAAAAUGAAAUUAUUAAUUGUCGAUUGUUAAAAUUAUCUGAGGUUUCAUGGAGUCCGAGGCGAAGUCUCCAGAUGUUCCAUUUAGUCCCGACCAGCAUACCAUAACUCAAAGAUAUUCACUUUACAAUAAAACAGAGAUGCAGCAAAGAGAAACUGA